AUGAGUAAUAUCAAGAAGAAAAUAAAGAUACGACAGGGUCAUAGAGUUUAUCUUACGAAGAUUCUGGGCAAUGCCGAUGAUAUUGUUCAAAACUACGAUGGAAAUCAAGAAAAGAAACUAAAGCAAAUCAGGAUCACUCUAAAAGAACGAUUGGACACUUUAAAGACCCUUGACGAAGAGAUUCUAGAGCUUAUCGAAGCUGACGAGGAAAUAUCUACUGAGAUCGAAGAAGCAGGAAAAUAUCGCGAGAGUGUUCACGAAAUGAUUGUAAAUAUCGACAGCGUGCUCGAGGCCAAACCGAUGAAUGAAACUAUGUCUAUGAGUAUGAACGAUUCACAGCAACUAUCUACACCAGGACAUUAUCAAUCGACAAUAAAACAUGCGAAGUUGCCAAAACUUACUCUAAAACAAUUUGAUGGACAGCCAUGCGAAUGGCAAGCAUUUUGGGACAGUUUUAAGUGCGCAAUACAUGAGAAUCCGGGGUUAUCCGACGUGGAUAAAUUCAAUUACUUAAAAAGUUUACUGGAAAAGUCUGCAGCAGUGCAGCAGCCACGAUCGAGGGUUUAUCGUUGACAGAGAGUAACUAUGAAACUGCGAUUGAACUAUUACAGCAAAGAUUCGGAGACAAGCAAGUUGUCAUUAGUAGCCAUAUGGAUAGUUUAUUAAAACUCCCACAACUACGUUCAUCUACCGAUACUAAAGGUUUACGGCGUCUUUAUGAUCAAAUCGAAGCACACGUGAGAGGGCUAAAAUCGUUAGACGUGCCAGACACGGAAUACGGGGCGUUGUUAUUACCGAUUUUAAUCGGCAAAAUACCCGACGAAAUACGCAUUUUACUCGGUCGCAAAAUGACAGGCGAAUCAUGGAAUUUGAAUACGUUACUUGAGAAUUUUCGCGAGGAAUUGGAAAACCGGGAAAGAUGCGAAGGAAUUCAAGCUUUAUCCUUUAGAGACGGUCGAAAUUUCAACGAACAACGAGGAGGGAGAAAAUAUUCGAACACGCCAUUUACGGCAGCAGCGCUAUAAAUGACGGGUAAGACAACUAUUAACUGUUCGUUUUGUCAAAAAGAACAUACGUCAGCUAGUUGUUUUGUUGUUACGGAUAUCGAAGCAAGAAAACAGAUCUUACGAAAGCAAGGACGAUGUUUUUUGUGUCUCAAACGAAAUCAUAUUGCUCGGGAUUGCGAAUCAAGGUAUAUGUGCAAAUAUUGCUCGGGAAAGCAUCAUGUUAGUCUGUGUAAUAAUAAUUCGAGACAGUCCUUAGCAACAAAUUCGAGACAGUCCUUAGCAACGAGACAAGAAUCAAAUUCCAGACAGCAAUUAGGAAAUGUACAAGAUAGUCUGGCUAAAGAACAAACAACACAAUCAAGGGACACGAAAGACACAGGAAACACGAAAGAGACCAGAAAUUAUCACGCAUGUUUACAAGAUUCAGUCUUAUUACAAACAGCCAAGGCGAAAGUUGGCGUUGGAAACAAGAAGUUGACCACUGAGGUAAGAGUUAUUUUUGAUUCGGGCAGCCAGAGAAGUUAUUUAACGCAACGAGUGCAAAAUAAGUUGCAAUUGCCCACAGGAAGUACAGAGUCUUUACGAAUAAAAACAUUCGGAGAAUGCGAAACUGAACUAACUGCUUCUUGUGAGACAGUGAACUUAGCAGUUGGGGACAUUACUGGUAGAACUAGAACACAAGUAGAAGCAUUUGUC